CCCAGUCAGUCCAGUCGAGAUUUUGCUGCUGCGAGCUCAGGGUUGGCACUGAAGCGCUUGCAUAAGCAAGCCAGAGCAGAGCAGAGCGAGCCAGCAACCGAAGUGCUGCUGUCAGCAAGCGUGGUGACACACAAAUCGUAUCACAGAUUACAUUGACAGGGAGAGGGGGUGAGUGUCGUGGUGAAUUAAAACAGUUUCAGUGAAGAGAAGCUAGAAGAAAUAUUGGUUGCAAGUGUCAGUGUGGUGUGUGACUCAUUGAGUAGAGGAUAGAAAAUGUAAGCCCCAUACACACGAUCGAUAGAAAUUUAUAUAGCUCCGCUCUCGCUGCGCAUCCUCACGCCAAGGCAGUUUUUAUUUUUAUUUUUUUUACUCUCUCGCGGUUGUGUUUAUUGUUCGUUUGAUGGAAGGUUUCAGUUUAUUUUAUGCAUUGAGGUUAUUACACUGUUGAAUGACCACAAGCAUACCCAAAGGAAAUCAGACACCGGAGGUGAGAAAUGGUAUGCUGAAUUUCUUACAUGUGUAUUCGUGAAAGUGUGGAACGUUUAGACGACGAUAUUUUUGGCUGUUGGAGGGAGUACUAACGUCGCAACUACGACGGAUCGCCACCAGCACCCUGUGAUGUGAUCCGAGUCGGCAGUUAUAUUUAGCUCACACUCCUGGUGCUUCCAUCCAACAAGAGGCAGCAGACAAUUCCGCUGGCAGUCUGCGCCACAGAGUCGGGCCAUGGAGCAGGCGCUGGGGCUCAUUCUGUUGCUGCUGGCAGCGGUGGAGCCUCUGGGCGGGGUUGAGCAGAGGUUCGCCAUGGAACCACAGGACCAAACCGCCAUCGUCGGCAGCCGUGUCACCCUACCGUGUCGCGUCAUCAACAAGACGGGGGUACUCCAGUGGACCAAGGACGACUUCGGACUGGGUACACACAGGAACCUGUCCGGCUUCGACCGAUACUCCAUGAUUGGGAGUGACGAAGAAGGAGACUUCUCCCUGGAUAUCUUCCCUGUGAUGUUGGAUGACGAUGCUCGGUACCAGUGUCAAGUGGGUCCCGGACUCGCGGGAGAGCCCGGGAUCCGCUCCAAGUUCGCGACCCUCACGGUUCUUGUACCCCCUGAACCACCUAGAAUAGUACAGGGCGACUUUCUCGUCACGACUGAAGACAGGGAGAUCGAGUUGGAAUGUGUGUCAUUAGCGGGGAAACCUGCGGCAGAGAUCACAUGGAUAGACGGACUGGGCAACGUAUUGGGUGACGGUCUGGAAUACAUCGUAGAGGCUCUCCCUGACGGAAGGCGCUUCACGGCCAAGUCCAUCCUGAAGCUGACGCCCAAGAAGGAACACCACAACACCUCGUUCACCUGCCAGGCACAGAAUACGGCGGAUCGCACGUACCGCAGCGCCCGACUGAGGCUCGAAGUCAAAUACGCGCCAAAAGUAACUUUGAGCAUAGUCAGCGGGUUGGGGCCCUCAGGACGAUUGACGGAAGGCGCCGAGGUGCGUCUCUCGUGCAAAGCCGAUGCCAACCCACUGGACCUUACGUAUCGAUGGUACAUCAACGACGAACUGGUGCCAGGAGACUAAAAAAAAACUAAUAUCACGAGGAAGUACCACGACGCGAUCGUGAAGUGUGAGGUGCACAAUCCGGUGGGCAAGAGCGAGGAGUCCGAAACGCUGGACAUCAGCUAUGGUCCAAGAUUUCGCACUCGACCUCGAAGUAUCCAGGCUGAUCUGGGCACGACCAUCACGUUAACAUGUGACGUGGAUGGAAAUCCACCUGCGGAUAUCGAGUGGAUCCACGACGACACAGCCAAGGUGGUCGGUACAUCUGCAAACUUGACCCUGGAUGUGGACGCAGACACUGCCGGGCGGUACUACUGCAAAGCUAGCGUAAUGGGAUUCCCCGAGGUAGGGGCUGAAGCAUCAAUUUACCUGAAGGGACCACCAACUAUCAUCAGUCACAGGACGCAAUUUGGUAUCCAGGGGGACAACGUACGCCUAGAAUGCGUGGCGUUCUCCAUUCCCAAGCCGGAGCACGUCAUGUGGACGUACAAGGGCAACGAGGUGGACGCCGACGACAAGGACUACACCAUCCUAGAGGACCCCUUGCCCGAGGGAAUCAAGAGCACGCUGGUUAUUCGAGAGUCACAGCACCAACAUUUCGGAGCCUACAACUGUUCUGUCACGAACCCGUAUGGCAGCGACGUUGUCGAGAUCAACCUAAAGCCUCAGAAAAAUUUUCCUCUGCUCAUGAUCCUAACAGGUGUUAUUGGCGGAGUAAUAGUAAUCAUAGCUAUCGCCAUGGUGAUAAUUCUCUGCCAGAGGAGAGAAAAGAAGCCAGAAGACUGUAGAGAAGCAGAGAAGCAAUGCAAAGAAUCAGACAGGUCCUCCAACAUCUCAGACUUGAAGAUGGAGCUACGGACUGGCUCUUCUGUAAGCAACGUCCACUGUGAGCUUGAGUAUGGGCCUGAUUCAGAGACUGGAAGUGAAAGCGUUAUUACGAGAGUUGGAGUACCCCUUGCAGGUCCUGUGGCUAUGCCAGUCAAUGGUGGAGAACACAUAUAUCGCUACUCAGCAGAGUUCACAGAUCCUGUCUUUCCUCCUAAAGAUGGUCAAAACAAUAAUGGUUAUGUGCCCUACGUGGACUAUACGCGAGAUUACAACCCGCCGCCACCGCCGCCGCCAAUCGAAAGCAGCCGAGAAUCACUGUCAGCUGUGACUGGUGUGGCAAGUGUAACAGGGGUGCCAAGCAUAGACCCACGUUAUUCUGCGGUGUAUGGAAACCCAUACCUGCGAAAUUCCAACACAUCACUGCCACCAGCUCCGACACAUGCCAUUGGCACACCUGCACCUCCACCAUACUCUGCAGCAACCAGGAAUGGGGCCGUCCCACAGGUGGCCAGGUUACCCAAUUCUCCCACAUCACAAUACAUUGUGCCCGCGUCACAGCCGACAACUAUGAAACGAGGAACUCUUGCCACACAUGUAUAAUAAUUGCUGGGCUACUUCUCCCCUACAGGUGUUCUCUGUAACCAUGCCAUAUAUGAUAAUUUAACUUCCAGGGUAAAUACACUAGGAGGAUUAAAAGAAGUUGAAGCAAUGUAAAGCUCAUCUGUAUAUACCCAUAAUUUAGCUUUUCAUAAAUGCGUGUGUAGUGGUUAAGAGACGGAAGCCUUAUGAGGAUACUUGUUACAUUUAACCAAUUAGCAGGAUUCUACAAUCACGAGAGCUUCCAGUUUUAAAUGGUGCAUAGGUUACGAAUGAUAUGCAAGUUCUGUAACAUACCAAAGACAUUACUUAGACUCAACACUGGUGUGAAGAGAAGCCUUGUUGCAUGACAUGGACAACCAAUGCAAAUUUUGGGUCACGCAUUUUCUUUCCAUGAAAGAUGGUGAACAACAGACUAGUCAAAUUAAAAACUGGCUUACCGAAGCUGGUCUCACAUUGCAACUGGGACAGCAAAGGCUUAGAAGAGGUCCUUGUAAUACUUGCCCCAGAACAUUGUGCAGUGUUCUCACCAGGAGAUACCUUCCCUAAAGAGUGAGUGGCCACAGCAAGGGAACUGCUACAGAAGACUCAAACAACGCAAACCCAACGACGUGUGCAUGCUCAUCCAGUUUUGUUGAUGUGUAAACUUAAGUGGCUUUCACUGCUCUACUUUCUUCCGACUGCUGCUGAACGUUCCCUCGUCAUAAAAUGAUUAAUUCUUAACUGUGAUUACAACUACUUUCAAUGUAUUUGCUUAAAAAUCUGUCUUUUUGGAAUUUCUUGUGUUCCAAAAAUUCAAUAUUUGAUGUUACAAAAAAGUGAGAAAUUCAAAAUGAUACAGGCCUAAAUGACUCAGCUUUUGGACAAAAUGUUUACAAAAUCGAUGUUCAUUUUAGAAUGGUCUGUUAAUCUAGUUGCCAAAUGGCUUUAGUUAACUUUAUACUCCAUGUCAAUUCAAACCAGGGCUGUAGGUAAGGGAGGAGUUUUGUUCAGCCCUGUCUUCUCAAAAUGUCCAGUGUCACUGUGUGAUAGUUUCAUUGCAUCAUGUUCUUGACUAAUGGUUGGUAUUUUUAUAUUGUAGUUGGCAGGCAGCUACCAAGUUGACUGUAGUAUAAACCCGUCCCUUCUGCUAAUGUCCAACCACUAAGAUACGAUGUUGUUGUGCUGCCGCCCGGGCCAGUUCCGUGUUGGUUCAGUUAUUGUUUGGCAUCUGUAUUGUUGAAAUUAUACUCAGGCAUUUCCAUUGUUACUGGGGCUCUCUGUAUUUUAUUUAAUAGGGUCACACAGCACUGAAUCAAAGAGUGCUAUAUUAUGCAGUGAUAAUGGUGACAAUGAACUUGUGGAAGGUUAAUAAGAAGAUUUUUAAAUAUUUACAAAUGGUAAUGUGUUCCAAGUUACUGAUAUUUGUUUCCCUUAGGACAUAUGGGGUGGGAAGAGAAUACAAACUCUGGGAUGUAAAGGCACAGAAAUUCAAGUACAGCAAUUAAUUUUUUUACACAUAUUAUCUUCUCCCAUACAUUUAAGCAUUAUUUUCAAUACAGGAAUAUACUCAUAGCACAAAUACUUUUCUCCCUGUAAUAAUGAAUAGUACAGGUUUAAUGAUCUCAAUGCCCAACAUAGAUGGCCUAAAUGAUGUAAAAAUAACAUCAUUAAGUUAUCGCAUCCCAGUAACAAACUUUAAAUAGGCCUACUGUAGAUAAACAACUAUACAAAUGCCUAUUGUUUAAGUAGACAGUGAUGAUACUAUAAGACAAUUAAUGUACCAUCACAGCAGUGUAUUCAUUCUGGACUAAGUGGUGAAUACCAAAAGACUGUGUGAUGUGUGCGUCAACGAACAGAAAAUUUGUUUUAGUUAUGUUUGAUGUUGAGUGAAGCCUGCCUUAGUCCUGAGUGAUACUGAUGAGUGUCUGGGCCUAAUUGUUUUUAUAUAGCUAUAUAUAUAUAUUUGCCAAGAUUGUGUACAUUUUAAUAAGUUGAUCAAAAUGCAAGUUUGACUGCAAAGUCAUUGAACCGAUGAAAAGAAGCUGCCAGUGAUUUCUUUAAGAUUACUAUCUAAUAUAAAUUCUCAGUAAACCUGUUUCUUUCAAGGACUAGACUGUUUCAAUGUUUAUUGCUGCAAACUUAAAAGUCUGUUUUCCUGCUAGCACUUUGUGGAUGCUACGAGUGCUGAAAAUCAUAUGACAAAUGUAAAAUUAUUAUUAUUUAGAUGUAUGUCUAAGUAUCUGGAAGAAAAAUGAUAAAUGAUUGCCUACGGCCCUGAUUCAUUCCAAUGUAUGUAGUAGAUUCGUCUUCUGUUUCUAUUGCAAUUCGCUCAACAUCGUCAUUUUCUUACACACUUUUGGAUUUCAAAACAGGAUACUUUCCUAAUAAAGCAAUAUAAGACUUUUGUGACUGAGAAAA